AUGGGCCGUACUCGGGAAGCUGGCUGCGUGGCCGCUGGUGUGGUGAUUGGGGCUGGCGCCUGCUACUGUGUAUAUAGACUGACCUGGGGAAGAGAUGAGAAUGAGAAAAUCUGGGACGACGAUGAUGAAGAUGAUGAGGAGGAAUCUAGUGAUAUUGUAGAGACUAGGAUUGAGAAUGGGAAAGGAGCUAAAGCUAAUGCUGGGAUGGGGUCUGAAGCUAGACUUCAGGGUGAUUCAAAGGUGAAGGCUGAGGUGGGCAUGGUACUUGAGAGUGGUUCAGAUGUAAAGGCAGAGGUCCACUUGGGGCCCCAGAGUGGAGGAAGCCUAGAGGCCAAGGCCAAAGCCCUUUUCAGCACCCUGAAGGAACAGGCAAGUGCAAAGGUGGGCAGGGGAGCCAGGUUGGGUACCAUCUCUGGGAACAGGACCCUUGCACCCAGUUUACCCUGCCCAGGGGGCAGGGGUGGAGGCUGUCACCCCACCAGGAGUGGUGCUAGGGCUGGGAGUAGGGCAAGUGGAAAAACCAAGGGAAGAACCCGAGGUAAGAGCACCAGGACUCCAGCUACAGCAUGGCCUGUUCGUAGGGGCAAGUUCAACUUUCCCUAUAAAAUUGAUGAUAUUCUGGGUGCUCCUGACCUUCAAAAGGUUCUUAACAUCCUGGAAAGAUCAAAUGAUCCUUUUAUUCAAGAAAUAGCCUUGGUCACUCUGGGUAACAAUGCAGCAUAUUCUUUUAACCAAAAUGCCAUUCGUGAAUUGGGUGGUCUUCCAAUUAUUGCAAAACUGAUAAAAACCAAAGAUCUUAUUAUUAGGGAAAAAGCUUACAAUGCCCUUAAUAACUUGAGUGUGAAUGCUGAAAAUCAGGGAAAGAUUAAGACCUAUAUCAGUCAAGUGUGUGAUGAUACCAUGAUCUGCCGCUUGGACUCAGCUGUGCAGAUGGCCGGACUAAGACUGUUAACUAACAUGACUGUGACUAAUCAUUACCAACAUUUGCUUUCCUAUUCUUUUCCAGACUUUUUUGCAUUGUUAUUCCUGGGAAAUUACUUCACCAAGAUUCAGAUUAUGAAACUAAUUAUAAACUUUACUGAGAAUCCAGCCAUGACAAGAGAGCUGGUCAGUUGUAAAGUACCAUCAGAAUUGAUUUCCCUCUUUAAUAAAGAGUGGGACAGAGAGAUUCUUCUUAAUAUCCUUACUCUAUUUGAAAAUAUAAAUGACAACAUAAAAAGUGAAGGACUUGCAUCAUCUAAGAAAGAAUUCAGCAGAAGUUCACUUUUUUUCUUAUUCAAAGAAUCUGGAGUGUGUAUUAAGAAAAUCAAGGCAUUAGCAAAUCACAAUGAUCUGGUAGUGAAAGUAAAAGUCCUAAAAGUAUUGACCAAACUUUAA